UCAACACACAAAACACACACACAUUGUAUAACUGAUUGAUUGACUGAAAAACUAUAACUAUUUAGUGAUUAUUAACUAAUUAUUAACUAAAAUAUUGUUAAUAAUAAUAAUAAUUAUUAACUAAUAAUAAUAAUAAUAACCCGAUUUCCCGACACAAUGGCCGACCAAAUCGGCGAUCGUAAUCCAUUGAUAACUCUGGUCUACUAUUCGAUAGCAAUGGUCACCUGUCCUAUCGGCGGCUAUUUCCUGUCGCGGCCACUGUUCGAGUUGGUCACCAGCGGUCAAUCGGUUAACAUUUAUUCGGCCAUUACGGCCGUAAUCAUAGUCCACAUUAUAUUGUUUAUGUUUGUCUAUAUUGCCUACAACGAGGACAAAAAGUUGGCCACCACUACUAGCAGUAUGCAGCCGACGGUUAAAGUGUCCAAAACUAUGGCCCAGAAAGUCGACUAAAAAACGGCGAUUAAAUUUAGCCCAAAAAAAAUUUUUUUUUUUGUUUUAUUUGUUUUGAUAUUUAUAUGUAUAAUAUUUAACUACA